AUGCCCAGUCUUACAGUCGGAAGCAAGAGGCGCGCGGACGAGGAGGAGUCACAGUCGUCCCGUCCGGCCAAGAUUCCGCGCCUGAGCCGAGGCGACGACAUGGAAGCGGCUCCUGGGACCGCCGCCGCCGCCGCUGCUGCUGCCCUUCUUACGCCGCCCCCAGAGACAGAAGGCGAGCAGCAACAGCAACAGCAACAGCAACAGCAACAGCAACAGCAACAGCAACAGCAACAGCAAGGGGAUGAAGACACAGCCGCGGCUUCGAUCCCUCGGCAGCGAGCAGACGAAGAAGGGGAACGGACGGAAGGCCAGGAACGGCAGGAAGGAGAGGAAGGCGACGAAGAGGACUUGGAAGGCGAUGACUUCGAAGACGGCAUCAACUGGGCCGCCGUCAACGAAUUCACGUCCACCAACCCCCUCGCGACAUUCAUGCCCCCCUCCCGCCCCUCGGACGCCAUCGACGUGCCGGACUACUACUUCGCGUGGGACGAGUCCGACUCCGACAGCGACAGCGGCGACGACUCCGGCGACGGCGCGGCGACGCUCUUCACGCCGCCCAAUAGUCCCGCGUCAUCGUCCGCGCCCGCGCCCGCACCCUCUGGCGGCUCCGUGCUUCUGCAGCCGCCGGACUGGCAGCCGCCUGUCCACUGGCCUCUUGUCGUGGCGAGCCCGUACAGGGAGGGGCGGUGGGUGGCGCUGUAUGAGGAUGGCAGGAUGGUGGAGUUGGAUUGA